UUGCUUUCAUAUUUUUAUUACUAACUUUUUAUUGUUUUCAUUAUUUUUUCGGGCACUUGCUGUGCAGUACAAUUAUUGUGUCUUUAUUAUUGAAUCGCUGAUGAUGCCAAAUUACGAUAAAGUAAACAUGAAUGUUAGCACAAGAAAAAAAAAACAUUUAUAACACUUUUGCGUUUCUUUUAUUUCAAAGUGAAGUACACGGCACCGAGACAUGUAGAACAGAAAAGCCUCCCGCCAUAACGACAUUUACUGAAAUACGAAAGUAUCGCCGAUGCGCUUUGCCUGAAGGCUCUCCGUUUUCUUCCAUUGCGGCGGUCGAUCCGGAUUCCCUUACUCGAACGCCGACUGAUCCAGAUUCCCUUACGUGAGCGCCCACAGGUCCGCAACGAACGGCGGUGCUGCUCGUUCCUCGCUGUAAUUGUGGCUAAUUUGCUGUCAGGUGAAGGCGAUUUCCACCAUGGGUAACUCUAAGAAGACUCUAAGGGAGUGCAGGAAGAAGUAAAAGGAAUCGAUGUGAGAGGAACCUGAGAUCCCUUGCUCUACCUUCGCUUUUCCCUUCCAGUAUUCCAUAAGCCAUGGCGUUUCUUUGGAGACGCAACCACAUUCGAACAGCUGAGCAAGGUGACAAUGAGUUUCCUUACCGACUGGAUGCUUAAAGCCCACCUGAUGGACGAGGAAGCGUUUAGCACAGGAGUCCGUAUCAAAGAGGAGCUCAGCGAUGUCACGGAAGAUACAUGGCUGGAACUUAAGGAAGAACCGCUUGAUUGUGCAGAUGAAGUGAGGGAUGAAGCGAGAGAAGUGAAAGUCAAGCAUGAAUUUCUUUUCUUUAAGGAUCUUCAAGACCCCAGACAUGAAGUAAGUGAAAAAGACUCAUUUAACUUGAUUCAGGAUUGCAAUGAUGUUUUGGUAAGAGCGGCAUUUGUGGCUGAGGAUUGUGGGGAAAAGAACUCAUCAGAAAGGGAUCAAGUGAUAUGUAACGAAAGACAUGAGGAUACACAUGGAAAAGUGGAAGCAGAAUUGAAGCAUAUGGUAUGUGAAUUAUGUGGCAUUACAUUCCGUUGUAAGAGUUAUUUGAAGAUUCACAUGAGAGUCCACACAAAGGUGAAGCCAUAUAGCUGUGAGAUUUGUAAUAAGGCCUUCCCUUCCAAAAGAAAUCUAGAAACACACAUAAGAGUACACACAAAGGAGAAGCCAUACAACUGUGAGAUUUGCAGUAAGGCCUUCUCGUCCAAAAGUAUUCUAGUAAUACACACGAGAGUACACACAAAGGAGAAGCCAUAUAGCUGUGAGAUUUGCAAUAAAGCCUUUCCAUCCAAAAGUGAUCUGGUUAAGCACAUACGAGUACACACUAAGGAGAAACCUUACAGCUGUGAGAUGUGCAGUAAGGCUUUCCCAUCAAAAAAAAAUCUUGUAAUACACAUGGGAGUACAUUCAAAUGAAAAACCAUACAGCUGUGAUAUUUGCAAUAUCGCCUUCACAUUCAAAAGUAAUCUACUAGCACACACAAAAGUACAUACAAGGGGGAAACCAUUUAGCUGUGAGAUUUGUGGUAAGGACGUCCCAACCAAAUUUGAUCUGGUAAAGCACAAGCGAAUACAUACAAAGGAGAAACGAUACAACUGUGAGAUCUGCAAUAAAUCAUUCCCAUCCAAAAGAAAUCUAGUAAUACAUGUAAGAGUACAUACAAAGGAGAAGCCAUACACCUGUGAAAUUUGUAAUAAGGCCUUUUCAAUGAAACAGAGCCUAGUGAGGCACACGAGAGUACAUACAAAAAAUAAGCCAUAUACCUGUGAGGUUUGCAAUAAAGCCUUCUCACAGAAAAGUCACCUGGUGCAACACAUGAAAAUACAUACAAAGGAGAAGCCAUAUUCAUGUGGUGUUUGCAGUAAGGUCUUCUCACGGAGGAAUUAUCUAGUGCAGCACGUUAGAAUACAUACAGAGGAGAAGUGAUAUAGCUAUGAGGUUUCUCAAGAAAAUAUUAAGUGUGUCACAUGUCAGUAGAAACAGAAGCCGUAUAAGCAUGAAUUACUUCAUUAUACAUAUAGGUCACAAGCUCUUUAACUCUGCAAGGUAUAUACCAUCAACCACAGAAGAGAUUUGUGGGCCACAAAAUACUACAUCAAUGAGAAGAAACAUAUCAUUAACCCAAUGCCUGCAGGUUUAUGUACUGUCCCUGAUUUUUGUAAAUUUUAUUACAGAUGGCUCCAUCAAGGAGUCUAUCAGUGGGCCCUAGUGACCGCACCUGAUUUCCCUAUUCCUUGAAUUUGCGGGAAAUGUGUUUUACUUUCUAAUACUAUUCAUAUUGACAUUGUUUUAUUCUUAUUGAUAUUAUUAUUAUUUAAUUAUUAUUAAAAUAUCAAUAACAUUGAAGACAAUAAAAUAAUAGAAAUGAAGCUUUUAAAAAAUCAAGGAAAACGGUAAACAGGUGAGAUAGAUAAGACUAAUAACUAACUCCUCAGUACUUGUAGAGCCAUUUAUGUGUAAAGACGAUAGAUGAUUUUUUAUUACUGUGGGCAAUGCAUUGUAAUCUUACCCUCCUGCAAUAAUUGUGUUAAGAAAACAAUCGCCCUCUUGAUGAGAGGAUCUCUCUUUCUGAUUAUGUUGUACAUGAUAUUUUUAAUAUGUAGU